CCAUAUAUAAUCUCAUCUCUUCAUUCCUAGCUAGCUUAAUUCCUAGCUCCGAGCUGACCGAGUCAAGAAACUAAACCUAACCCACCCGGCCAGACGUCGGAGAAGAGCAAGAAAAUGAUGAGGUCAUCGUCGUCUUCCGCGGUGGUUUCCAUACCAGACGACGAAGAAGACGAGAGAACUCAUCCCGCUGCUGCGGCGCCAGGCGUCUAUGAUACGCCGCCGCUGCCGCCGCAGCAUCAAGAGAAGGGGGCUAAUGGUGGUGAUAAGAUCAAUAUUGAUGCGGUGCACAGCAUGAAGGUAGGGGCGGCUCUGGUUCUGGUCUCCCUUCUCUAUGUCUUGGAUCCUCUCUUCAAUCAGGUCGGACAAAAUGCCAUGUGGGCCAUCAUGACCGUCGUCGUCGUUUUCGAAUUUUACGCAGGGGCAACAAUAAGCAAGGGGAUAAACCGAGGGAUCGGGACCAUACUCGGCGGGUUAUUAGGAUGUUUGGCUGCGCUGGUAGCCCAUAAACUCGGAGGCUUGCACAGUACUUUCGUCGUCGCCAUAUCCGUGUUCAUCGUUGGCGGGGGUGCGACGUACGUGAGAAUGGUGCCGAGGGUGAAGAGGAAAUUCGACUACGGGGUGAUGAUUUUCAUACUGACGUUUAACCUGGUGGUGGUGUCGGGGGUGCGGGCGGAGAGCGUGCUGAGACUGGCCCGGGAGCGGUUGUCGACGAUCGGAAUGGGGUUCGCGGUGUGCAUAUUCACCAGCUUGCUCAUCUUCCCGGAGUGGGCUAGUGACCAGCUCCACUCCUCCACCGCCGCCAACUUUCAACACAUUGCUUCUUCUCUUGAAGGGUGCUUGGUGGAGUACUUCAAAAUUUCAGAUGAGAAGGAAAGGGAGGGGAAGGGCGCCGCUAAUGUCAGUGCCUGCAAAUCUGUAUUGCAUUCCAAAUCACCCGAUGAAUCUUUGGCAAAUUUUGCGAAAUGGGAACCAUGGCAUGGGAAAUUUGGGUUCUCAUAUCCAUGGGAUAAAUACAUGGAGAUUGGAGAAGCCCUAAGAGAGCUUGCUGCCAUUGUCAUUUCCCUAAAAGGUUGCAUUCAAUCAUCUUCACAGCCAUUGCCAGCAGAGCGAGGAAUAAUCAAAGAGGCGUGCGAAAUCGCGGGGGUAUCGGUAGCGUGCAUACUGAGGGAGCUGGGGGAGGGGAUAAAGGGGAUGAAAGGGUGCAGAGUUAAGGGCACAAUAAGCCCUAAACUACAGUGCAUGAAACAAGACAACCUCAAUGCAGUGAUGAUCAUGAGCUCUGAUAGCCCUACAGAUAUGGGGAUGGCCACCUUUGUGUUCCUCUUGAAUGAGAUGAUUGACAAGGUUGAAGGCUUAGUGGCUAUGGUGGAAAAGCUUGGAGACAUUGCUGGGUUUCAUAAGCACAAGUUGGAGGUUGAAAUGUGCUGAUUAUUUGAUUUGGUUUCAUGAAUAUAUAUAAUUAAAGGGUAUGUAAUUAAUCACCGGCCAUUAAAAAAAAGAUUAAAUAAUAUAGGCAUUUAUGUAUA